AAAAAAUAUCUGAAUCUGCUCCAUUUUAAUCACAAUUCCUCUUCGUUUUGGUGGAUCUUUUCUCAUCUGUUUUUACUCGGCAUUGUGGUUUAAAUGGAGCAGAUUAAGUUAAUUCUCAUCACUGUUUCUUCUUCUAGGGCGGACCUUCUCCGAUCUAAAAAAAUCUUAUUCAGUCAAGCUGAAAUUCAAUCGAAUCAGGCAUGAGUCUACUGAUUCUUUGUAUCGAUUUUGGAAUUUCAAACAGCAGAACAAAUUGAGAUGAAUUUUGAAAGCAGGUAACCUCUAUUCAAGAAUAACAUCGGAAUGGUUAUGAGGGGUUAACUGUAUAUUACGGAGCUUUCCAAAGGCGUGCAUUUUGCUUUUGCAAACAGAACAAGUGUACAUAGAAGGUAAUAAUAAUACAAAGGACAAGGAUGGACAUAAUUUUCAGAACCCAUCAUCAUCCCAUUGUAAUAAGCAGCAAGCUUUGACAUCGUCACCAGCAACAUUAUUGACACCAGAAGGAGAUACUUGCAGUAGAAAUUCUACGGAUGAAGUAGCAGGUAACGUGAAAAGAGCAACAACGGUAGUGUAUAAAGAAACCACGCAGGCGUUAUCUGAUGACAAUCAUAAUGAAAAAUAUCAGCAGCAGCCAUUUGACCGUCAACUUAGUGAAUUCACAGGAAAUCAUACGACCAUGGAGCAGAACCUUAGAUCUAAGGGUGAUGAGAGGAUGAGUAAAAAGUAUGUUUUGGAUGGAUACGAACAACUAUACUAUGCAGCAUAUGAUGGUGACUGGGAAAAAGCUAAUAAGUUUUUAGAAAACAAUCCAAAAGCGAUUCGAGAAGUGAUCACUGAAGAACUAGAGACAGCCCUGCAUAUAGCCGUACACAGGAAUCACCUGGUGUUUAUAGAGGAGAUUGUGAGAUUCAUGCCACCUGAAGUACUGGAAUAUAAAGCAAGAUGUUACGAAUCUACAGCACUUCAAUUCGCUGUCAUGUAUGGAAAUCUCAAAGCAGCUGAGCUGAUGGUUAAGAAAAACCGGAUAUUGACCCAGAUAUGCAAUUGUGACGGACGGGUACCCCUCGCUCUUGCUCUUAUGCAUACUACAGAUGCACAGAAAGAGAUAGUUGAGUACCUUUACUCUGUAACUAGAGAUGAGUACCCAAGUCCGUUCUCGGGUCAUGGUGGUGCUAGCCUGUUAUGUGAUGCAAUUAAUGAAGAGUUCUACGAUAUAUCGUCAUCUCUUGUCCUACGAUUUCCAGGGUUGGUGAGUACGAGGUCGAAGUGGUCUAAGCAAUAUGGAUUUGAAAUACUUGUUGAGAAGCCAUUUACUUUUUUAAGUGGAGCUAGACUAACAUGGUGGCAGCGUUGCAUUUAUUCGUUAAUUCAAGUGGACAUGGAUGCUGCACAUAUCCAUGACAACAUAGUAGAAGAGAAAAACUCUUGGAGGAUAGAUGAAAGGAACAAAAGAGAAAAAGACAACUGUUCAGACAGCUCAGAAAGCAGUGAAACAGACGAAGAGAACCCUUCACAAAGCAUAAUAGAGACCAAUAAUGAGGAUGCAGGGAACCCUUCAAAGACCUCAAAAGAAAUCAAAGGAAAUGAAAAGUGUCAUUUGGAGAGCUCAGAGGGUGUGGAGUGGAUCUUACGCUUCAAAAAUAGGUGCAGGACAAAUGGAGAGGGAAAUACUGCUCAACUUAUAUUUACAGAGGAACAUAAAGGCUUGGUUGAGAAAGGCGAGAAAUGGAUGAAGGAUACAUCUGGAUCUUGCAUGUUAGUAGCUGCCCUGGUUGCUACUGUAGCAUUUGCAGCUGCCUUUACAGUCCCUGGAGGUAAUAUCAAUGACAGUAAUGACUCUAAGAACGGCAGCCCGGUUUUCCUCGGAAGGACAUCGUUUAUGGUAUUUGCAGUAGCAGAUGCUUUAGCUCUGUUCUCUUCUAUCUCUUCAGUACUUAUGUUUUUGGCUAUAUACACAUCACGGUAUGCAGAAGAAGAUUUCCUCAAGUCUCUACCACAAAAACUGAUCAUAGGUCUUGGAACUCUGUUCAUAUCCAUGGCCACCAUAUUGGUUGCUUUUAGUGCAUCACUGUUUAUUAUCCUCGGAGAUAUAUUUGCAUGGGCACUGAUUCCUAUAACGCUGCUUGGCUGUGUUCCUGUAGUCUUGUUUGCGUUUUUGCAGUUACCAUUGUUUGUUGAAUAUGUUCGUUCUGCGUACUGGGGUAACCUCUUCUGGAAACAUAGAUAUAUUGAACCUACAGCUGAUCUAUAUAAUGAUAUAAGAAAAGAUAAUUGAACUUUCAGGCAUAAA